UUAUUUGACAUUUGCUUUGACAGUGCCAAGCAUUCAUUAAAAUAUUCCUUUUUUGUUGAGAGUUUCAUCACUAAAAGUGCAAAAAUGUCGCUCGUUAUUCCUGAGAAAUUCCAGCAUAUAUUGCGUAUUAUGAGUACCAAUAUUGAUGGCAAACGUAAAGUCGGAAUAGCUAUGACUGCCAUCAAAGGCGUAGGACGUCGUUAUUCGAACGUUGUGCUUAAAAAGGCUGAUAUUGAUCUAAAUAAACGGGCCGGUGAAUGUACCGAAGAGGAGGUAGAGAAAAUCGUUACGAUUAUUGGUAAUCCCCUACAGUACAAAGUGCCCAACUGGUUUUUAAAUAGGCAAAAGGAUAUUAUUGAUGGUAAAUACACUCAGCUGACAUCGGCAAAUUUGGAUUCCAAACUGCGUGAAGAUUUGGAACGUCUCAAAAAAAUUCACUCCCACCGUGGCUGUCGCCAUUACUGGGGCUUACGUGUACGCGGUCAACAUACUAAAACUACUGGUCGUCGUGGCCGCACAGUGGGUGUAUCUAAAAAAAAAUAAAAUCAUGAUAUACUUAUCCUUUUGACAAGUACGAUUCUUUUGUAUGAAAUCUGAAGUAUUUAAUGGAAUAACAAAAAAAAAAAA